CAACAUCCAUGUCCCGCUCCACCUCCCCCACACCCUCCGAAGGACCAGGCGACGGCCACCUCCUGCGCGCCGACCUCAUAGCAGCUCAAUACCGUUCCGAGCUCCUCUCCCACCUGCAAGAGCCCACAUUUCGCGCCCGAGCGCCCACGCUAGUCGGGGUGUUAAGUACGGCCCAGGAGCCGGCGAGGCGCUACGCGGAAUUCACACAGCGGAUGUGUGAGGAGCUUGGGGUGAGGUACGUCUUGAAGGAAGUUGGGGGCGCUAGGGGUGGGAGGGACGGGGAGGGCGCGGAGGAGGCUGUGAUAGAGGCGAAUGAGGAUGAGUCUGUGGACGGGAUCAUGGUGUAUUACCCUAUAUUUGGAGGAGGGCAGGAUCAGUAUUUGCAGCAGGUCGUCUCCCCGCUCAAAGACGUCGAAGGGCUCAACUUCAGGUUCCACUAUAACCUAUACCACAACAUCCGGUUCCUCAAGCCCUCCCAGCUGCUCAAGCACAACCCCCUCCUCCCCUCCGACGACCCUGUCACGGAGGGCGACCACCCCCCGCCCGGGUACGUCAAGUCCAUCCUCCCCUGUACGCCGCUCGCUGUCGUCAAGUGCCUCGAGUACGCCGGGGUGUACAACCGGUUGCUCAGGUACGGCGACCGCGCGUAUGGAAAGACAGUGACUGUCGUUAACCGGAGCGAGGUUGUCGGACGCCCGUUGGCCGCGUUGUUGAGUAAUGACGGGGCGCGUGUGUUUUCCGUCGACUUGGAUGGGAUACAGGAGUAUACCAAGCGGCCGAAGGAGGAGAAAGUGAGGAAGUAUCAUCCCAGGCAUGUGGUCCAGCCCGUGCAGACGGAGCUGAAGGAUUGUCUUGCCAUCUCCGACGUCGUUAUCUCCGCCGUACCGAGCAAGGAGUACAAGAUCAAGACCGAGUGGCUCAAGGACGGAUGUGUGUGUGUGAACGUCGCCUCAGAGAAGAACUUUGAGACGGACGUCAAGACCCGGGCGGCGUUGUACAUCCCCGCUGUUGGCAAAGUGACGAUUACCAUGCUGCUUCGGAACCUCCUGCGCUUACGCGAGUACAACGAGCUCGCCGCGGCUGCUGCCACACCUCCAGCACCAUCGACAUCAUCAUUGAUAGAUAGAUCAUAGACAGGCAGAGCAAAGC